AUGUGGCAUUUUUUACGCUUUCACAAAGAACUGAAGCUUUGCACUACAUGCCGGCAAGUCGUCACGGGAGCAUUGAGACAAACAUGUGAUGCUGUAGAAGCCCGUUGCACGAUCAUGGACAUCAGCAAGGUCGUUGAUGUGCUCCGGCGCAGCGAAUUCUCAUCUUCAAAGGUGGCACUUCUAAUCGGCUUUCUCGCCUUGGUUCGAAGUGCCCCUGUUUUCUGGUCGACUGUGCUUUCUUUGUCAUUCCUGCUUUGGUACAGCUAUGACUUGACUCGUGCCUGUGACGAACAGAAAGCAGCACUUUGGGCAAAAUGUGUUCUUCCCGUGCGUGUUGCCGGCUUUGCUGAGCAAUUUGGCAAAGGCUUCACCACCUGGGGUCCGAUGGCACGUUGGGCUCCGGAGAGUGACAGUGUCGCCAGCGUGCUAUCCCCUGAUUUCUCUCAUGCUUCUGCAGUGAAGCGUUUCGAUGCAGUGAGACGGCAUGUGCAAUGCGUCUUCGCAGCUAAAGCGAAGUUGUGGGGCAACGACUGGUGUCCGCAGGCUUGUGGUGCAGAGUCAGAGGAGGCAGUUUUGGUGGCGAAUGUCGCACUCUGUCUUCCGCGGCUGCUGCGCUUCUGCUUGAUGGUCAAGCAAGGGGCAGCUCUGGAUGGCUUUGUCUUUGAGGUUCGUGGAAGGAAUUACUGCGAUGAGCUUGGGAGAUUCGCAAUGACUGUUCGGAAAGUUCUGGCGGGUUUUAGUGCUGGCGACCCGUCCGGCACGGACUGCUUCAAGGGGCGAGUGGAAGGCCGUGGCUGGUAUUUUCAAUUUGCUCGAGAACCAAUCUUCGUUACCACUUUUGCGCCUUGUUAUGGCAGUGGGCAUCCGAGAUACCAGUUCAAUCAACACACAGACUCCUGCUUCAUUCUGAUGCAGCCAGAGGAAUCAUUCCUCCGGCAUGAUCUCCCCCCGGACAAGCCUCGAAGUGCGACGAACUGGGAAGCACCAGCUGACGUGCGUGAUCGCAUUCGGGCCAACUUUCGCCGACACGGACGAGAGUACCGGAUUCCUGAGACGACUUCAUAUCCCCCUGCAGACUUCAUCGUUGCACCCAUGGAUGCGCUUCAUGACGCUCCCGUGCGGUUCUGGGAACAAGGUGGGACGAGCUCAGAUGGUCUUUGA